UCUUCGAGUAUCAAACUCGUGAAUGCAUUACAUUUUGAAAAAAAGUGUUAUUUGGUGUGUUAAAAAUCUGUAUUCGGAUAUCGACGAUUUCAAUUUUUACAACAUUAAGCCGUGAAAAAGCAUUUAAUCGUCGAAUGGUCAACGUUUGACGCUAAAUUGAAAUGCAUGAACUGCUUCAAAUUGAUAAUUUUAAGAUCGAUUAUUUUAACGGACUUACUCGAUAACUGACCUUACCAACAGUGAAUCGAAUAAAAUCUACAGUGACGCGUACUUUAACCCGGUGAUUCAAGCCUUGUGGGAGAGGGUUAUUGUCAAAUAUUUUGGAUCAUCCUGUGACAAUGGAGCAAAUAAUUAUCCCUAAGCGGAUCAUUCCUGAGGUUAACGUAGGCACCCAAGUGCUUUUAGGAAUCCUCUUUGCAUGCGUGACUCUCUUUUGGGGUACGCAAAAAUGGAAAAACAGGCAUUUGUCAAAACUUGCCUCGAUGUUCCCAGGACCCAUGGCCCUGCCGAUUAUUGGCAAUGCACUCGAGUUUUUAAACAGCGAGCCUGAAGAUAUUUUAUCCAGCAUGUAUAGACUAGGUCAAAACUAUAAAUCACCCUUCAGAUUCUGGCUCGGUAACAGGCUGUGCAUCCUAGUCUCUAAACCAGCUGAUCUGCAGAUUGUUCUGAAUAACUCGAAGACUUUAGGAAAAGAUGAAGUUUAUAAGUUCCUCCAGGCAGUAAUUGGCACUGGAUUGCUUGCCGCACCAGUCGAAAAAUGGAAGAAAACUCGGAAAAUGCUUACACCAUCAUUCAUUCCAAAAAAACUCGAACGCUUUGAGCACAUCAUGAACGAAAGAGCAAAUGUCCUCGUACGGAAAAUUCAAGGACACAGCAACAGUGGCCAUGAAAUAAAUAUCUAUCCAUACUUUCUUUCCGCUUCAUUGGAUACAUUUUGCGAGGCUGCAUUCGGUGUUAGGUUGGAUACUCAACUGGAUCCAGAAGCAACCUUUGCUGAGUCCGUCAUCCGAGCAUCGGAGCUUGGAGCUGCGCGAAUCUAUAAGCCAUGGCUUCAUUUGGACUGGAUUUAUGAAAGAACAAGCUACGCAAAAAAACUGAACGAGGAAGGAGAAGCCCUCAGAGGAUUUGCCAAAAACGCAAGUAUUCUCAAUAAUGUUAUUCGAGAAUGCAAGAUGCGGCUCAUGAAAACCAAAGACUCAGAUAUUGAUAAUGAUAACAAUAACAACAAGCGAUCUCAUUCUGAUGACGAGGAUGAAAAGGAGCAUUUACUUGAUGUAAUCUUCGAAUCUCGUGAGGGAGUCUUCUUCAAUUAUUCAGAGACAGACAUGAUAGACGAGGUUAUCACGUUCUUAAUUGGGGGCAGCGAAACGUCCGCAGUUACGAACUGCUUUUGUCUGUUGAUGCUGGCGAUGCACCCAGAAUUUCAAGAAAGAGUUUACGAGGAGCAGUACAAUAUUUUUAAAGGCGAGGAUAGAUCUGUCACGAACGAGGAUAUGGACAGAAUGGAGUACACUGAACAAGUCAUCAAAGAAACUCUCCGUAUGUUUCCGGUGGUUCCACUCAUCCUGAGAGCUGUGGAAGAGGAUUUAAAAAUAACUGAAAAUUACGUUUUACCGGCUGGUGCAGCAGUAGUGAUUGCUCCAUUGCAGACACAUUCUGACCCAGCUCUCUGGCAGGAACCAGAAAAAUUUAAUCCAGACAACUUCUCUGCCGAAAACAUUCAGAGCAGACACAAAUACGCAUACAUACCCUUCAGUGGAGGCGCCAGAGGAUGCAUAGGUUACAGGUAUGCACUGAAGGCCAUGAAAACUACCAUUUCAACAUUCAUACGUCACUACCGCGUAUCGACGAUCACUAAAUUAGAGGACAUUAAAUUAUGCGCGGAUCUAUUAGUUCGCAGUAAAGGUGGAUGGAAUAUGAAACUUGAGCCACGAAUUGGUACAAAUCCCGAAUAAAAGGAUUUUGAAGCAAUCGUAGUUUUCGUAUUCAGGCCACUUCUUAGUGUUCCUUUUCUCAUUUGGUACCAAGUAUGGAAUGACGGCCAUGAAGAAAACAACGUCAAUUAUCAUUCAUCAUUUUUUCGUGUGCACGAUGAUUGGAUUGAAAAAUAUUAAACUAACUUCAGAUUUGUUAAAUAGAAGCAAGCAUGGAUGGAUCAUGAAGCUGCUACCAAGAGUGUAUCAAAAACCUCAACAGAGGAGCUAAAAUCAUUAUUUUUCAACUUCCCUUCGGGCAAAAAGAAAUUUCCACAGGAAACACAUGAUGAAACAAAUACGCGAAAUCCUUGGAUUUUCGACAGAGAGGCAUUGACGGUCGAAAAUAUAUCUGGCAGUUCAUUGAAUAAAUGAACUUUGGACUCAAGCACUGAUCCAAAAAUAAAUUCACGUGUUUGAUUUUUUCACAAAUCAUAUUCUGGAAUGAAUUCUACUUAAAAUAACUGAUCACAUUUCACAUAUUUUUAUUAACUCAUUAACACAACACUGGAAAAAAACACUUUGGAUCUAGAGUCCAGACUCUUAAAAA